AUUAAAUACAGAUGUUGAACUGUGUCAGAGUUUGAGACGUCUGCUAGCCGAUGAAAGUGUAAUGAGUUCCCUAGAUCCAGAAACCAGGCGAGUGGCAGAACUUUUUAUGUUUGAUUUUGAGAUCAGUGGCAUUCAUUUGGAUGAAGAAAAGCGUAAAAAGGCAGUCAACCUCAAUGUCAGAAUAUUGGAUUUAUGUAAUGAAUUUCUGACAGGAGCUCACCUUCCCAACAAGAUUGACAAACAUGUUUUGCCAGAGCCCAUUCGAUAUAAUUUUACAACUGAAGGCAAUUACUUACAAGUUGCUGGUCUGCAUGCUGAUUGUCCUGAUGAUCUGGUGCGAGAAGCUGCUUACAAGAUUUUUCUUUACCCAAAUGCUGAGCAGUUGAGCCGUUUAGAAGAAUUGCUUGCUAGCCGAAACAGUCUGGCACAGUUGGUUGGGUACGACACCUUUGCCCACAGGGCUCUUCAGGGAACAAUGGCCAAAAAUCCAGAGACAGUAAGACAGUUUCUGGAGAAGCUUUCUGACCGGUUGUCUGAAAGAACUCAAAAAGAUUUUGAAAUGAUGACAAAGAUGAAAAUGAAGCUCAACCCUCAGAAUUCAAAGCUGAUGCCGUGGGAUCAUCCUUACUACAGUGGCGUCCUUCGUGCUGAGAGGUACAACAUUGACCCUGGCUUGUACUGUCCGUUUUUCUCUCUUGGGGCAUGCAUGGAAGGUUUGAACUCACUGUUCAGUCGGCUCCUAGGAAUCUCCCUUUAUGCUGAACAGACACAGAGAGGAGAGGUUUGGUCUGAAGAUGUUCGAAAAUUGGCUGUUGUUCAUGAAACUGAAGGUUUGCUGGGAUACAUCUAUUGUGACUUCUUUCAGCGACCUGAUAAACCACAUCAGGAUUGUCACUUUACAGUUCGUGGAGGCAGGCUAAGGGAAAAUGGAGAGUACCAGCUGCCUGUAGUUGUUCUUAUGCUUAGCCUGCCCCAUUCAACAAGGGGUGCACCAACCCUACUAAGUCCUGGCAUGAUGGAGAAUCUCUUCCAUGAAAUGGGACAUGCUAUGCAUUCUAUGCUGGGAAGAACUCGGUACCAACAUGUCACUGGAACCAGAUGUCCUACUGAUUUUGCUGAAGUUCCCUCAAUUCUGAUGGAGUACUUUGCAAAUGACUAUCGAGUGGUUAACCAGUUUGCAAGGCAUUAUGAAACGGGACAGGUAGGGAAAAUUAAUAUGUAAAAUAUUGAAAAUAGAAAUAAAUGCAUUCAGGAAAAGAAUCACAUUUUCCUAUGUUAUUUGUUGAUAAUGUUUAAAGUAGAAAUAAACAAUGGAUAGAAAUUAUUUUAAUAUUAUAAUGUCAGUUAUUCAGAAAAAAAUGUUAAUAUUCUUAUUGCAGAAAAGAUAAAUGUAAUCUGUAAAAGAAUACCUAAUCCUUAUAUCCAAGGUUCCAAUUACAUAUUUAAAACUUUCAACCUUUUUUUCCUACAAA